CGUUGGGUUAUCUCCUCCGGGCAACGUGAUUUGGGUGAAAGCGCGUAGUUGGAGGAUUACCUAUAACAUACUUGGAGUUGAGAUGACAUUGUUGUGGAUGAUGUGCAUGAUUAGAGACUUGAGAGCGCCCAUUAGAAGAUACUAUAUAUAGCAAGACUUACGUUAUGAAUUUAUUUUUAAGAAUAUGCUUUAGACCACCUUUGUUACCCUUACUUCACACUCGUUAAUUUUUACUAAGUACCUUGUUUUGUUUGCCUGUGCACUUAGCCAUGUUUUUGCUAAGUGUGACGGUAACACUCUAAAUUUCCGUUGUUAAAGACUUCCGCUGAAAUUAUUCUAAUAAAGCUGUCAUUUUAAAAUAAAAAUCCAAGUUAUUUGGGUGGGAAAUUUUGGGGUGUUACAUUAAUUUUCCUGGUACCCCUUACACUUGGAUUGGGAAAAGGAUGCAUGGGCUUGUUCAAAAAAAGCUGGAUAAGGUCAUGGCUUCUACUGAAUUUCAUGACCUUAACUCAAACUUAAACCUUAAAAAAAUUAUCAUAAUCCCUUGCUUUUGGUAGAAAACAAAAAUGCUAUUUCUGGACCAAAGAACUAUAAGUUUCAGCAUAUGUGGAUCAAUCACCAAACAUUCCUUGAAACUGUCAAGGCUUCCUGGGACAAAACAAGUGAUGGAUAUGGCAUGUGGAAGUUUUCUGCUAAACUAAAACGCUUAAAAACUGACUUAAAGGAUUGGAAUCAAAACAUUUUUGGAAAUAUUUUCAACAAAUUGUCUGAAGCUGAAACUGAAAUAGCAAUUCUGGAAAAACAGCUCUCUGAUUCCCUGUCUGAGAAUGACCACCUCCUUCUCAAAGAGGCCUAGGCUAAAUACAUUCAAUACUCAGCCCAUUUAAACACCUACUAUCGGCAAAAGGCUAAAAUUAAUUGGCUAAAAGAGGGAUAUGCAAAUGCAAAAUAUUUUCAUCUCUCGUUAAAGGCCAAACACAAAAAGCUUAAUAUCUCUAGAAUUAUGCUUGAUAGUGGCACUUGGAUUGAUAGUGAUGAGGAUAUUUGUAAUUCUGCUGUUGCCUAGUAAUCUAAUUUGCUCAAUGCUGAUGAUGAAACAAACUCCUAGACCCGAGAUGUUACCUCCAGAGUAUUACCAAGAUUAUCUCCGGGGAAGAUAACCUCAACUUAAUGAGGUCUAUUUCUAAAGAUGAGCUCAAAGAAGCUGUCUUUAGCCUCGAGGAAAACAAUGCCCCUGGAAUUGACGGUUUUGAUGGUGUUUUUACCAAUGUUGUGCGUGAGUUUUUCUGUGGGGUCCCCAUCCCUAAAAGCAUUGGUCAUACUUUAAUUGCCCUCAUACCCAAAGAACGAAAUGCCUACAAGUUUUCCAAAUUUAGACCUAUAAGUCUUAGUAAUUUGAUAAACAAGAUCUUUACUAAAAUCCUCACUAAUAGGAUGACCUAUCUGCUUCCUAAAAUCAUCUCUGAGGAACAAUCUGCUUUUCAAAAAGGCAAAGAGAUCUCGGAUAGUUUUCUUGUCCUUAGGGAAUUGGUUAAUUACAUUAAUAAAAAGACACGCGGGCAUAAUAUCAUUUUUAAAUUUGACAUGACUAAAGCCUUCGACCGCAUCUCUUGGUCUUUUAUUAAUCAUGUUCUCUUAAGCUUUGGGUUUCAUCCUGCUUUUAUUAAGCUCAAUACUAAUAACUUGCAAGCCACUUAGUGCUCUGUCCUGAUUAAUUGCGCUCCUAAAGGCUUUUUCAAGGCCUCUAGGGAGGUUAAACAGGGUGAUCCCCUUUCCCCUAUUUUAUUUAUUACUGUGACUGAAAUUCUUGCUAGGAAUCUUAAGCUGCUAUACUCUUCUUCCGGGAAAGGUAUGCCUUUUUAUACUCUCUGUGAUAUGUCUUGUAUUUCUCACCUUUCCUUUGCUGAUGAUUUGGUGGUUUUUUCCAACGUGGAAAAAAACACUAAUGGCCCUGCAUAAGACUAUAACGGAGUACGAAAAGUACUCCGGCCAGCUUAUUAAUAAGCAAAAAAGUUUUUAUCUUAUUUCUAAGCAUGAUGUUCAUAAUAGCAACGUCGUGAACCAUAUUUUCCAAAUCACCAAGGGUUAUUUCCCUUUUACCUAUUUGGGAGCCAACAUACACACUGGUCGUACCCUUAAUGCACACUUUGACCACAUCCUGACCAAUUUCGAUAAUAAACUUGCGGGUUGGAAGCACAGGAUCCUCUCGUCUGGGGGGAGGAUGAUCUUGAUUAAUCAUGUUCUUAAUUCUCUACCCCUUUAUCAUAUGACUGUUUCCCCUAUCACUACUGUUGUGCGCAAUAUGGAACGUAAACUAGCUAAUUUCCUUUGGGACAAUAAAAUUGAUCAUAAGAGGCCCAUUUGGCGAAAGUGGGCCAGAAUUUGCUACCCUGAUUCUGAAAACGGGCUUGGUUUUAGGAGCCUCAUCCAUAUUCAGAGAACUUUUUUUAUGAAAAUUUUAUGGAAGCGUAAUAACGGUAAAGGGAUUUGGGCUAGCUGGGUUAACUUUAUUAAAGAUACUACUCGCUCUAUCAUGAAUAAUUCUCUUGCUUUUGUUCGGCAAACUUUUGAUAAUAAUUGUUGUAUACAGGUUAACAAUGGUAAUAGUUCCUUUUGGUACUCUAAUUGGAGCAAUCUUGGCCCGCUUUAUUACUACUGGGGGGAUAUCCCGCUCACUGACCCUAAUUUGGCCAUCAAGGAGGCUAUGCCUGGUAUUGCUGGUCUCUCGAUCCAACAUUGGAAAUAUUGGCCAAAGAUUCACAAAAUCAGGAAAAAACUCAGGAUCAACACUUGGACGAUCAGCCUCACUCAUCCUAAAGUUAAUGGAGAAGCAGUGUUCUUUGCUUAUCAUAGUAUGUCAAUCAAAACCAAUAGUCAUCAUUUCAACCAAUUUGUUGGUAUUCUUAAGUUCGAUGUUGUUAGUUUCCCUUAUGUUCUGUAAUCUUUUUCUCUCCAGAGUAGGCUUUGGUUCGGCCCUCCUACUCGUGUAACUUUUUACUAUUACAAUAAAUAAAUAGGUGAGGUGUUUCCUGGCCCUCACCCCAAAAACUCUCGAGUUUUUGGUUCAAACCGAAAAA